AUGCGAACGUGUGCUGAUAGCCAUCACUCUAGCUGGGAAUUGGGAACUCGCCAGCAGACCCUUCUCGAAACCGAUGCGACGGUCUACUCUGUGUUCUCUGACCAGUCGCUGCCCCCACCGUCGACCGUGCCGGAUAAUAUGACGGACGCUCUCCUGCCUGUAUUCACGAUGGCGAGACAGAUCGUUUCGAACCGAAACAGCUCCAACCACAACAUUACGGGCGCCCAGCCCUUGAUGUCGGAUGGAAGUGCGGCGGAUCCGGCGUCGAACGGCGUCGCUGUACUCAUAGCAGGUUGGACGGGGCAGGGCGACACGGAUGGACUGAAUUAUACAGGCGCCGCAAAAGACCAGCUGGAUUUUCUGUUAAACAACGUAUCGAGGUCAAGCGACGGCGCCAUAUCGCACAGAGUCUCGCAAACACAGCUAUGGAGCGACUUUGUGUAUAUGGUUCCGCCUUUCCUGGCGUACUACGGUGUUCUCACGGAGAACGAGACGCUGGUCUCAGAGGCGUACAACCAGAUCAAGCUUUACAGGGAUAAUUUACGGGAUACGAAUGCGAAUAACCUCUGGCAGCAUGUGGUACUGGGAAGUUCUGGCACGGAUUCUGGUCACUGGUCGACGGGCAACGGUUGGGCUGCCGCGGGGAUGCUCAGAGUAUACGCUACUAUCCAGAAAUCUCAAUAUGAAAGCACAUUCUCAAGCGAAAUGGAUGACCUCGCUGCUUGGGCUGUCGAGAUACAGAAAGCGAUGUAUGAGACAGUGGACAAUACCUAUAUCUUCCGAAAUUACGCCGACAACGAAUCUACUUUCUACGACAGCGCGUCGACGGCCCUCAUGGCAUAUACAGUCUACCGGCUAUACACUGUUACCGGCGAUACGUCUUACAUCCGCCAGGCUGAGCGCAGUAGGAACGCUUUAUACGCUAGCGGAGCGACGUCCACUUAUUCUUUAUCGCUGAGUUCCACGUCAACUUCGACUAGUACCUCACCGGCGUCGACCUCUACCUCGGGAUAUGAACAUUUCACGUCUGACGGGUGGCUGACGCCCGUCGUGAACCCACAUUCGUAUGGCGUCGAGGGAUCGGACAGUGCCGAGGCACAGGCGUUCGUGUUGUUGAUGCAAUCGGCAUACGAGGAAUGGGUAGCUGAUGGUUCGCAGGGGAGCGGAGCCCUGCAGUUGCGUACGUCGGCUUGGGGAGUUCUGCUUUCUAUUGUGGCGGGUGCGGUGGUCCUCCUGUGA